UUUUAAUUGCCAUAGUCUGACAAGUUCAAAAUGGCUACAGUUGUAUUAGAUGACACAAGACGUAAAUAUUUCUUUUGUUGACACUGUGCAGUGCAUGGAUGGGAGUGGUGAAGAGGAACAUCAAGAAGGAGAUGAAAGAUCAAUCCAAAUCUGGUUCGUCAGGCUAAGUGUUUGAAAGUCGUUUCAAAUAUGAAUACAAAUCAUGUGUGACAGAUGUAAGUGACUUAACCAUUUAUGCUUUCGUGCCAAGUUCAGAGACUGUAGCGGAAAUUAAACACAGAUAUUUGUAUUACGUGGAAUGUGUGAUGCACGUGCCGGUAUUUCGUAAAUCGGAAGCCCAAAAUAUUCCAGAAUGGGUACGAGAAUUUAAUAUUUCAGAACGCAGUGACAUUUGACAUAACCAGUAUCCAUCAUGCAUCCAAUCAGGCGCCGUAAAAAAAGGCCAAACUACGGAGUGCGAACGGUAGAAGUAUGCAGAGGAAAAAAUGGAUUUGGAUUUACGAUAUCGGGCCAACAACCAUGUAUUCUCAGCUGCAUAGUCACCGGUAGCCCAGCGGAGAAGGCCGGCCUAAGACCAGGCGAUUAUUUGGUUGCUGUCAACGGUCAGAAUGUAAGCAAGGUUCCACACGACGACGUAGUUCGCCUUAUUGGUGGCUCUUCUGGAAUCUUAAAACUCCAGAUUGCGGAGAAUUAUUAUUCUGACAGCUCGGAUGAAGAUGUCAUUGCACCAGCGAGACCGAAACCCAAAUAUCCGCACAAACCACGUAGUGGUGGUCAACAUCAUCGACCUGUUGCGAUACCUCAGCAGAAUCGUGCAGCCAAAGUUGUUAGAGAUCUACGGACAGGAGCAAUGUUUGAAGAACAUCAACAAUUGGAGGUUGCCGCCAUCCCUUCUAGUGCACUUAUCCGCCCAGUGAGUAAACCUAGUAUUCCUCCACUUCAGCGUUGGGAACCACCUGUCCCAUUCCCAGUACCACCUCCACGUUUAUAUCCUCAUCCACAAGUUGAAAAACCUAGAGAAACGGAGAGAGUCGAGUAUCAGGCUCUUGUCGGGUACCUGGGCACAAUUGAAAUGCCUAAAGAACUCCAGCCUGGAUCCAGACUCCAGGUAGUACGUGGUUGUAUUAGACGACUUCGUGCUGAAAAGCGAGCUCACACGUUAGUGUUGAUGAGUGUGCAUUCUCAUAGUCUUACCCUGAAAAACUGUCAUCAAGCAAUAAUUGCUGAGUAUCCAGCAGAACGUGUUACAUUCUGUGGCUCCAGUUCAGAUGAUGAACAUCGUUUCUUUGGACUUGUUACAGCUGCAAUUAGAUGUGUGGAUGAUGAAAAUGACAGUGGAGAGACAAUAGCAUCUAGUUCCUGCCAUGUUUUUGCCAUAGAGCUAAGACUCCAUGGCGCACAUUCCGUCCAUGCUGCAAAGGCUGAAGCCUUUAAGCUCAAUUGUAAGACUGACCCAGCAACAGGAUUGUGCAGUGAAUUUCCAUCCUCCUCAGACCCUGUAAUUGCUGCUAUAAAGGUUCUGUACAGUAACAGGUAUGAAAGAGGUAAUGUUGAAAAUGAAGAACCACUGUUAGCAAAUUCACCCCAGCCAAGCAAUGCCAGCAGCACUAACACAACAACAUCAAGUAACAGUGAUUCUGGUAUUGGUUUUAGAGAUGAUUGUGGUAAUCAGUCUGAUCGCAUACUCAUGGUUGAUGUGCAGAAUCAACGAUUACAUAUUCAGCAGGUUGGUGAGGUCCAGGUUCCCAAACCACGUGUUUAUGCGCUAGCAGGAAGAGUCAAAGACAGUGCUAAUGCGAGGUUGACUGUGCGUGCAAUGCCAGAUCCUGCUAUGAACAGUGGAGGUGCAAUGGUAGCAAGUAGUCGUAGCCGAUCACCACUUAGCAGUAGUUCUUGUGAUGAUGGUAGUCGUAGAGUAUUUGCAGAACGUGUGCCAAACAUUCCAGCUUACAGUUUUCCUGUUGCAAGAUCAAAUGAUGACAUGAGUGUCAGCAGUGGAACAAACAGGAGUCAAGACCACUUGGCUUUACCAUAUAAGCCUGAACCUUAUGAAACAGUGAGGGACUUUCACCCACAUUUUUCAGAUAAGUUAGAUCCUGAGUGUUACUCUGUGCCUGGUUUCAGUGGUUUAUGUGGAAAAGGUGUAAGAUCAACUGAAGCUAUGAGUAUAAGUAGUGCACAAAGUCAGGAUCCUCUCCUGUCAUAUAAACUAAGCCCAAAAGUAUUUGGACUUCCUAGGCCUGUUACACACAGCCUUGAAGACCUGAAAGUUCCAGACCCAGCAGGGUUAGAGGACAGUGCAAGUGGGGUAGCUAUACUUUCACCCAAUAGCCAAAGAGGGCAGCAAUGGGGCAGUCUGCAGGAACUUCGGAGCUUUGUUGCUAAUUGUUUUGAAGCUUCACCAGUCCCAGAACACUUGCAUUCUGAUCAAGAAUCGACAAGCUUGGAACAAGAAGAGCCUGAGAAAGGUGUUGCAAGUUGGGCAACAGCAUUUGAGAAACUGUUGGAGGAUCCAGCAGGUCUUCAUACUUUUGCUGAAUUCUUGAAGAAGGAAUUUAGCCAUGAAAAUAUUUACUUCUGGGUGGCAUGUGAAAGGUACCGUGAACUGAAAGAUGAAUCGGAGAGAAAACGAGCAGCAAAGGAGAUAUUUGAGCGGCAUCUGUGUCUUGGAGCCUUAGAACCUGUAAAUGUGGAUUCUCAUGCACGGCAAGUUACUCAAGAUGGGCUGGAACAAGCUCCAGAGACUUUGUUUGUUCAGGCCCAGAAGCAAAUUUUUGACCUUAUGAAAUUUGACAGCUACCCACGUUUCAUCAAGUCUGAGCUUUAUAAGGAGUGUUUGUUGAGACAGCUCUCAGGACAAGAGCUGCCGUACACUGGUGGUGAAGACCUAGAUUCAGGUUUACAGCUGAAGCCCAAAGCAGAGGGUGAUGGUUCACCAAGCGGAACACGCACCAAGUUGAAGAAGAGCCGCAGUGAUGCAGAAGAUCGGCGGCGUAAAUCAUUGUUGCCAUGGCAUCGCAAGAAUCGUUCAAAAUCGAAAGACCGAGGAGAAUCUGAAUACAACAAGAUGAGAAUGAUAAAUCAGCAGAGGGAGACAGAAGAUGCAGUUUCUGUGCGAAGUGAUGUUACGAGCAGUAGAUCAUCCCUAGCUUCAUGGGAUCUUGCACUUAGAGGCUCAUUUAGCAGACAGUCUGUAACAUCAGGAGAACUAGGAGAGCGUGAAACAUGUACUUUAUGUCGUGUGAUUCUCGCUGAUGGAGCAACAACAGUUGUCCAGACAAGAAAGCAUGAAAAUGUGAAAGACAUGGUUAAGAGGCUCUUGGAUAAAAGAGGCCUUCAUUACUCGUCGUUUGAGGUGUAUGUUGGAAAUUCAACGAAGCCUGUACCAUUGGAUGAAGAAUCAUCUGUUCUUGGUGGAAAAGAAGUCCAAGUGGAGCAGAAAGUUUCAUUUCGACUCGAUCUACCCAACAGAAAAACAGUGGGUGUGAAAGCAAAAUCUUCAAAAUCUCUUGGUGAAGUUCUAAGGCCAAUUCUACAUAAAUAUGGCUACAAUGUGGAACUUGUUACACUCUGUCUUAUGAGUGAAAAUGAAGUACUAGAAUUAAAUUUACCAGUAUUAGCAGUUGACAACCAACGUCUGCAAGUUCUGACAAGAAGUGCCGAAGUGUGGAAGAAUGAUGCAGUCCACAAAACAAAAUCAGGUCCAACAUUGGAUGAAAUAACGAACAGGGUUUUUGAGGAGUUGCUGCAAGGGAAAGCUGAGGGCAGGACAACACCUGAUCAGGGAUCUGUUAGGUCAGAAGAUUGGGGUUCUGAACAUUCAUCAGGAAUAUUUGGCCGCUUCUUAAGAAGAGAUUCAGGAUUAUUGGAGAAAUCUAGGGAUGCACGUGGGAAAAGCAAGAAGAGUGGCAUGAACAAGCAGGAAGAGCCUGAGAGUAAAUCAUCAGUUGUCACUCGUGCGCCUCUUAUUGCAAAGUGGAAAGUUGGUGUCAAGUUGCAGGGCCGAUCUGAAAGUGAUGAGUUGUAUGAAGGUUUGAAGAGAGCACAGAGAAGUCGGCUAGAAGAUCAAAGAGGAACAGAAAUAAACUUCGAGCUUCCUGACUUUCUGAAAGAUAAGGAAAAUGCCCCACAGACUGGGAAGAAACUUCGAAAAUUUAGGCGGAGUGAGGACCCAAGCCAAACAAAAUUUUAUGAUUCUACAGAAGUGCCGACAGCACAGGCAGUUGGGAGUAGCCAUGAAAGUUUGCUGCUUGAACCAAACACUAAAAACCCCCUGAACAUUGAUAAAGAGUCAAGCACAGGCUUGGUUCCACACUUCUUAGACAGCAGUUUUAGUGCUGACAGUGUUGUUCCCAGCCCUAGGCAGGCAGAAGAAUACUUUUUAGGUCGAUCUGCUGGAAUUAUGGAGUUCAGUGGGUGCAAAUUGACAAGAAGUGAGAAAAUUGGUGUCAGUGGAACUGAUAAGAACAGUGAGGCAGUAAACAGAAACUCUUCACCCGAUAACACACUGGUGGAAGCAGAUCUUGGAGAUGUGACUCUUACAUGUGAUUCAACAGAUGAGAACAGUAAUACUGCAUCUGUAACAACACGUUCACGGCAAUUAAGUGAUCCACCACCUUUGCCUCCAAAACCUAAGCAUUUACCUUCAAAAGCUUCUUUAUGGGGAGUAAGCAAUAUCCCUCCAUUUCGAGCAUCAACAGAUGCUCCAAAUCCAUGUGCAAGGCUUGUUCGUCCUAAUGAUGUAAAAAGAGAUGCUAAAAUAUGUCGAAGUCGAAGGGCAGUAUAUCUUGAUCAACCAAGCAGCAGCUUUGUGUGAUAUUUGUAAAUAUGUAUUCAUAGUAUAUAAAAUAUGAAAUGUAUGGUGCAGAAGAAAGUUCUGUUUCAUUUAAUUUUCAAAUGAAUGUUUAUACCUUCAAGUACAAACUUCAACCAAACUUUACACAACUGGGCAAGAUUUUGUAAUUGUAUUGCAAAUGGCUAUUGUCAUCAAUUAAUCCUUUCCUCUUCCCUCUAUACUGGGAACCUUAUAAUAUUACAUUCACAUUUCAGGGAUUACAUCAUUUAAUCACCUUAAAAAUCAAGUCACAAAUGACUGAAAGUGCACAUUGAAAAGAGGUAGAUUAUACUGUAGUGUCGAAAUUAACACUACUACCUUUUAAAUGUUGUUCCCCCUGAUUUGGUCUUUAGGAACAUUCUGUCCAAUAUGCUCUGUUACUGUGCAUACUUCAGUUUCCAUUAGUAUUGCAAACCUGAAGAGUGGAAAGGAAACAUUUCUGUGCAAUACAGAUGUUAAAACCAAGGAAAAUAUUAAUAAAUAAUUUUAUAAUGCGGCUUCAGAAUUCAAUUGAUAUUAAAGUUUAAAUAUAAUGUAAAAUUGCCAUUUAUAUAGUUUUUUGUGUUUUGAAAUGUACAGUUUGUCAAAUGUUUGAGUUUUUGUUCUGUAUAGCAGCAGUAGUUACUGCUUUUUAGUAAAGUAGAGCCUUUAACUAAUUCCAUUACUGUUGUUAAAUUUUCUGUUGUACCAGAGUUUAUUGUUAAUUUUCUAUAUCUUGUUAUUCAUGUGAGGUGUAUAAUGGACACACAUUAACUUCUCAGACAAUCAUUCUGUUAUAUCUUUUCAUGUGAUAACUGAAGCUUCCUGUACAUUUUUUAUUACUAUUAUUUACAUUCCGGUGGUUCAGUAUUCAAGAAAUCUAUGUAAGUGACAGUAUUUUAUGAUAGUUAUUUUGGGUAAUGUGGUAACUAAAUAAUUCUAACUGUUGUUGCUGAGUUUUUUGCUGUUUGUAGGUUAUUGACAGCUUUCUGUUCAGAUACAGUAUUGAAAGUGAGUGUUAUUAGGUGUGUGUGUGUGUGUGUGUGUGUGUGUGUGUGUGUGUGUUUUUGGAAAUGUGUUAAAUGUUAUACUGAAAUUUCAACAUUAUGUACAGACUGUAAAUUUUCAUCUUGCAUAUUUAUGCAAAGAACAUUUCUCAUUUUUAUGUAUUUUUAAAAUAAUCAUCAACCAUUUUCUUCAUA